AUGGCUAUAAAAACAUUUGUGUUCUUUGAUUUAGAAACGACAGGACUACCGUAUCAAGAGAAAAACCGUACCAAAAUAACUGAACUUACAUUUGUAGCAGUGUCUAGAAAUGAUUUAGAAAACGCUGAAUGUAAUGCUCUACCGCCUACAAAUAAAUUAUCAUUACUCUUUAAUCCCCAGAAACAUAUUUCAGAGAAGGUUUGUAACUUGACUGGCUUAACAAAUCACUGUUUAAAGAAUCAAGCCAUUUUUAAAGACAAAAUAAGAACUAUAAAUUCGUUUUUAGAAUUACCAAAACCUGUAUGUCUUAUAGCUCACAAUGGAAAUAGAUUUGACUACAAAAUAUUACUCUCUGAGUAUUUGGACGCCAAUGAAAGUCUGCCAACAGAUUUGUUAUGUGUUGAUUCGUUGUCUGGAUUUAGGCAUGUUAUGAAAAACAGUAAUAUAGAGCAAUGUAAAAAGAAAAAAAUAUGUACUUCCUACGAUUAUAAUGUAGAAGAUACAUGCGAUUGGCCAGAACUUGAUAUAAGUAAUGAAGAUUGGGACAAAAUUGACAGUCUCGUUGCAUCAUUUUCUGAAUUGAAUUCAUCAAGCACUGAUAAUAAAAAGAUGUCUUACAGUUUGUCGAGUCUGUACAAGACUUUGUUAGGUAAAGAGACGGUUAAUGCUCACAGGGCUGAAACUGAUUGUAUAAUGCUUUUGGAAUGUGUGCUCGCUGUGAAGAAAGAUUUCUUACCCUGGGCCGAUGCAAAAUGUAAACCUAUUAAGGAGAUCAAACCAUUAAUUAGAAUGUAG